AUGGGGGGCGGCCCCCAAGGCAAUUCCACUCGGCUGAACGAGUUGCUCGAACAGAUUAGGGUCGAGUUUGAUACUCAGAUGCGCGCGACGGAAAACUACGAGCAUCAGAUUGCCGCGCAAGUCAGUGAAAUGCAACUGGUCCGUGAAAAGGUCUAUCAGAUGGAGCAAACUCAUCUCCAACUCAAGCAGAAAUAUGAAGAUGAGAUCAGUGCUCUGCGACACCAACUCGAGGCUGCUCGAAAGGGCAUCCAGCCUGGCAUUCCCGGCCCGCCUCAACAUGCUGCCCCCUCCCAACAGCCCCCUUCUAUCGCUCCUGGCAAUGGUCUUUUCAGUGGCAUCAUGGCUGGCGGUAGCCAGGGAGGUCUCGUUCCUCCUCAGCCAGGCCAGCAGCAGGGUCAGCAGGGCCAGCCCCAGGGUGCGCAACAGCAGCAGCAAACGCAGCAGGGACAUGCCCCUCCUCAGGAGCAGCCGUUGGGACCUCAGCACCAAAUGGGCCAAGGGCCUCCUGGACUUCCCGUCCCCCCUCCUCACCCCAACGCGCAGCAAGCUCCUUACUCUCAGAACUAUCCUCCGGGCCCCGUUUCCAAUGGGAUGGGCCCCCAGCCGCAGAGCACCGCCUCUCCCGGCCCCGGUAGAAGGGGUAUCGGUCGUCCACCAGGUGCCGUCGGACCUGCUACACCCCAGGUUAACACCCCCGUGCCUUACCCUGGAAGUGCAGCCUCCCCUCAAGUCAGCCACCCGACUCCCGAGCAUGGUCGAAUGGGGGGACCACAUGCUCCCGCCGUUGGCAACGCUCUUGGAGAUCUCGAAGUCGACUCUGUGGCCCCUCACAAUAAGAAGACUGGGCAGGAUUGGUAUGCGAUCUUCAACCCCCAGGUCCAGCGUGUUCUGGAUGUGGACCUCGUCCACUCUCUCAACCACGAGAGUGUCGUGUGCUGUGUCAGGUUCAGUCACGAUGGCAAGUAUGUUGCAACUGGUUGCAAUCGAUCUGCCCAGAUCUUUGAUGUCCAAACUGGUGAAAAGGUUUGUGUGCUUGAGGACCAUAAUGCUUCCGAUAUGAGCGCCGAUCUCUACAUUCGCAGUGUCUGCUUUAGUCCCGAUGGUCGCUAUCUUGCUACUGGUGCUGAAGAUAAGUUGAUUCGAGUGUGGGAUAUCCAAACGCGAACCAUUCGAAAUCAUUUCUCUGGUCACGAGCAAGACAUUUAUUCGCUAGAUUUUGCUCGUGAUGGCCGAACAAUUGCCUCAGGCAGUGGCGACAGAACUGUACGCCUGUGGGAUAUUGAACAAGGCACAAACACUCUCACUCUUACAAUAGAGGAUGGCGUCACGACUGUCGCCAUCUCUCCUGAUACCCAAUUCGUAGCUGCAGGCUCGCUCGACAAGAGUGUACGUGUAUGGGACAUCCAUUCCGGCUUCCUCGUCGAGCGUCUGGAAGGACCUGAUGGUCACAAGGAUAGUGUCUACUCGGUUGCCUUCUCGCCCAGCGGUAAGGACCUGGUUUCUGGCAGUCUCGACAGGACUAUCAAGAUGUGGGAGCUCAGUGCCCCUCGUCAAGGAAAUCAGCCUGGCCCGAAGGGUGGCAAGUGCGUCAAAACCUUCGAGGGUCACCGCGAUUUUGUUUUAUCAGUUGCUCUCACCCCCGAGGCCAACUGGGUACUUUCAGGUUCCAAAGACCGUGGUGUCCAGUUCUGGGACCCUAGAACGGGUACGACGCAACUCAUGCUGCAGGGACAUAAGAACUCCGUUAUCAGUGUUGCACCUAGCCCGCAAGGAAGAUACUUUGCCACUGGCUCUGGCGACAUGAAGGCUCGUAUCUGGUCUUACCGUCCCUAUUCCUGA